UAAGUGACAAGGUAGCGGGAGCCUUGAGACCAUGGACAGUGCCAUGGGGCUUCGGGUGCUGCUGUGUGUGACUCUGGUGUCCCUCCUCACUCUACAGGCUAUGACUGCCCCGGGCUUACCCAAAAGGCUCAAAAGCAGCGAGAAGCGACAGGCUGUGGACACAGCUGUCGAUGGUGUGAUCAUCCAGAGUUUGAAAGUCAACUGCAAGGUCACCUCUCGCUUUGCCCACUAUGUCAUCACCAGCCAAGUGGUCAACAGUGCUGAAACAGCCAAGGAAGUGGCCUUUGAUGUGGAGAUCCCCAAGACGGCUUUCAUCACCGACUUUGCCAUCACUGCAAAUGGAAAAGCAUUCAUCGGGAACAUAAAGGACAAAGUGACUGCGUGGAAACAGUACCGGAAAGCAGCCAUCUUAGGAGAGAAUGCUGGCCUUGUCAGGGCCUCGGGAAGAACGAUGGAGCAAUUCACCAUCCGCCUCACCAUCGGUCCCCGGAGCAAGGUCACGUUCCGGCUGACCUACGAGGAGGUGCUGAAGCGAAUACUUACACAGUACAACAUUGUCAUCAAAGUCAAGCCCAAGCAGCUGGUGAAUCAUUUUGAGAUUGACGUGGACAUCUUUGAGCCCCAGGGGAUCAGCAAGCUGGAUGCGCAGACUUCCUUCCUCUCCAAGGAACUGGCGACCCAACUUAUCAAGAAGUCUUUCUCAGGCAAACAGGGUCAUGUCCUUUUCCGCCCCACUGUGGGCCAUCAGCAAUCGUGUCCCACAUGCUCCACUACCUUGCUGAAUGGGGACUUCAAGGUGACCUAUGACGUCAAUCGAGAAAAGCCCUGUGACCUCCUGGUCUCCAAUAACCACUUUGCCCACUUCUUUGCACCCCAAAAGUUGACUAAUUUAAACAAGAACCUGGUUUUUGUGAUUGACAUCAGCACCUCCAUGGAAGGCCAGAAAGUGAAGCAGACCAAGGAGGCACUCCUUAAAAUCCUGGCGGACAUGCGGCCAGGGGACAACUUCGACCUGGUCCUCUUUGGGUCUGAAGUGCAAUCGUGGAGGGGCUCCCUGGUGCAGGCAUCCACCGCCAACGUGCAAGCGGCUCAGGACUUCAUUCGGCGCUUCUCCCUGGCUGGGGCCACAAACAUGAAUGGAGGUUUGCUCCAGGGAAUUGAGAUCUUGAACAAAGCUCAGAAAAGUGUCCCAGGAGUCAGCAACCAUGCCCCAAUUCUCAUCAUGUUGACAGAUGGCGAGCCCACAGAGGGGGUGACGAACCAUUACCAAAUCCUGGAGAACGUCCGCAACGCCAUCGGGGGCAAGUUCCCGCUCUACAACUUGGGCUUUGGCCCUGAUGUGAACUUGAACUUCCUGGAGCUCAUGUCCAUGGAGAACAAUGGACGGGCUCAGAGAAUCUAUGAGGACCAUGACGCCACCCAGCAGCUGCAGGGUUUCUAUGACCGGAUAGCCAACCCCCUGCUGGUGGAUGUGGAGUUGCAAUACCCCAAGGACACUGUCUCUGCAGUCACGCAGCACAGCCAUAAACAGCACUACGCAGGCUCGGAGAUCGUGGUGACCGGGCGCAUCGCUGACAACAAACAGAGCAGCUUCAAGGCUGACGUGCAGGCCCACGGGGAGAGCGGAGAUUUCAAGAUAACCUGCCUAGUCGAUGAGGAAGAGAUGAAGAAACUGCUCCAAGAGCGGGGCCACAUGCUGGAGAACCACGUUGAACGCCUCUGGGCCUAUCUCACCAUUCAGGAGCUGCUGGCCAAGAGGAUGAGGUUGGAGGGGGAGGAGGAAGCCAAACUGUCGGCCAAGAUCCUGCAGAUGUCAAUGGCGUAUCAGUUUGUGACCCCACUCACCUCCAUGACCAUGAGGGGCAUGAAGGACGAGGACGGCGUGGAGCCCAUCAUUGAUAAGCCAGACAAGGAUUCUCCGCCCUUGGAGGUGCUGGGACCUAGAAGGACGUUCGUACUGCCAGCCAACCAGCAGCCUUCUCCAACUGACCCCAGCAUUGUUGACCAAACGUUGCCAACCGUAGUCACCAGUGUGGACACUGACCCCCACUUCAUCAUCCACGUACCCCAAAAAGAGGACACCUUGUGCUUCAACAUCAAUGAAGAGCCUGGAGUGGUCCUGAGCCUGGUGCAGGAUCCCAACACAGGUUUCUCAGUGAAUGGUCAGCUCAUUGGCAACAAGGCCAGGAGCUCUGGGCAGCAUGAGGCCACGUACUUCGGGCGGCUGGGGAUCGCAAACCCUGCAACGGGCUUUCAGCUGGAAGUGACUCCUCAGAACAUCACGCUGAACCCUGGCUCAGGCGGGACCGUGUUCUCCUGGAGAGAUCAGGCUUCCCUGCGGCAGGACGAAGUGGUGGUGACCAUCAACAGGAAGCGGAACCUGGUGGUGUCCGUGGAGGAUGGGGGCACCUUCGAGGUCGUCCUGCACCGAGUGUGGAAGGGGAGUGCCAUCCACCAGGACUUCCUGGGCUUCUACGUGCUGGAUAGUCACCGGAUGUCGGCACGGACACACGGGCUGCUGGGACAAUUCUUUCACCCUUUUGAUUAUAAAGUGUCCGACCUGCACCCAGGCUCAGACCCCACAAAGACAGAUGCCACAAUGGUGGUGAAGAACCAGCAGCUGACGGUCACCAGAGGCUUGCAAAGAGACUACAGCAAUGACCCCCGGCAUGGGACCGAGGUGACCUGCUGGUUCGUCCACAACAACGGGGCCGGGCUGAUCGAUGGCGUUCACACUGACUAUAUUGUCCCUGACAUCUUCUGAGCUCCCUGGCCAGCAUACCUGUCCUGCCUUGGGACCAUGGCAGAGGAGGAGGGAGGACAGCAUCCUGACCUGCGGCUCAGACCACGCCUCCCUGUCCAAGCUAGUCCCCUGUGUCAAAGAACCCAUGACUUUCAUUAAAGAGAGGCUGUGUCCAGCC